CUUUCUUAUCGAAAUUUCAAUGGCGUACCAGCAGCAGCCGCAGCAGCAGCAGCAGCAGACCGACACCGUGCUCUUCCCGCUGCGCACUGCGUUCUAUCUGGGCAACUACGCUGCAGCCAUCACCGAGGGCGUCAAGCUCGCAGGCAAGGCGCAGCUCGACCUGGCGCGGGCCAUCGAGGCAAAGACGCUCGUCUACCGCGCAUACAUUGCACAGAAAAAGUACAACCUGGUCAUUGGCGAGCUCGGCGACGCGAACGCACCGGUCGAACUCCGCGCCGUCGCGGCACUUGCGACCUUCCUCAAGAGCGAGCGCGACCAGGAGGCUGCGCUCACGCAGGUCAGGUCACUCGCUGGUGGCGCACUCAGCGCGGCCAAUCCAUUCGUCGCUUUCAUUGCCGCCAUCAUGAUCUUCCACCAGGGCGGCUACGACGAGGUCCUCAAGCUCCUCCACAACUCGACGCAUCUUGAAAGCAUCGCACUCUGCGCACAGGCAUAUCUCCGCCUCGAUCUUGUCGAGCGCGCAAAGAAGGAGCUCAAGCGCAUGCAAGAGAUUGAUGACGACUCGACCUUGACUCAACUGACGAACGCCUGGGUCAACUUGGCAGUGGGUGGCGACAAGUACCAAGAAGCGUACUUUAUCUUCCAAGAAAUGGCAGAGAAAUAUUCCCCGACUGUGGCACUGCUGAACGGACAGGCCGUGUGUCAUUUGCACCAGGGCCGUUUGGAAGAAGCCGAGAGCUUGUUGCAAGAGGCCUUGUCCAAGGACUCGAGCGACCCAGACACGAUUGCCAACCUUGUCACAGUCUCCAUCCACCAAAACAAGCCUCAAGAGGUCAUCAACCGCUUUGUCAACCAACUCAAGGACGAAGCCCCCGCACACCCUUUCACCCGCGAUUUGCUUGCCAAAGAGCGUGCAUUCGACCGUGCGGCAGAGCAGUUUGCACCACAGGUCAAGGCUUGAAAACGAAACAACGU